AUGGACGACGACCACAUGCGGGCCGUGCAGACGCACCUUGACCGCGGGACGCAGACCGCAAGCGACGCGCUCGAUUCGCUGCUGGACGAGAGCGUGGCGUGGCUUGCCGUCUUUUGCGCGCGAUCUGCGAAGGACGUGACGCGCCCGAGGCUGCGAACCAUCUUGGACGUGAAUGCCAUCUUUGCGCCCUCUCGCCCACAAGACGCCGCUGUGGAGGUUGCCAGCAAGCGCCGACGAACAAAGAGAGCUCUCUACGUAGAACACACCAAGGCGGUGGCUGCCCAAGGACCCACUACUCGAGCAAUGCUGGCAUCGCGUCUCACGGACCCAUCCUCCGUGACCAUCGACGUUUUGGCCAAGGACGACAUCAAGGUGGAUCCAUCGACGCUCAAGGUCGUCGAGCUCAAGGCUGCUCUCAAGAAGCGUGGGCUACGCGUCGGUGGGCUUAAGAUUGUGCUCGUUCAACGGCUUCAAGCGGCGCUCGAUCUUGAACAAGCAGCCACGUGCCAAGACCCAUUGCUGGAUCAGACACCUCCAUUGACAACCGACUUUCCGCUCGCGAUCGCCUCCACUGGGAUUAUGCUACCGGAGGAUGCAACCAGCCCACGCCAGCCCAAUGUGGCCGCACGAUCUACCAUCGACGUUCUUGCAGCCUCGCAAGUGCAAUCCAUGGACGCCGUUCCCACCACGAGUCGGCAACAACUAGAACGUGAUGCGCCUUCGCUCUCUCCGAUUGCAGUGUGUACCUCGACCGCAGCAUCCAGCUUCGACUUGGACGAGCCGCUUGGCUUUGCCUCCGAGAACCCAUUCGCGUCGCCCGUUGCAGCGCAGGCAUCGCUGCAUUCAUGGCCACCACGACCGCACUUUGGUAUACCACGAGAUCAGCAACCUGCCGUCGUCUGCGCUGAGGCGUCCGAGCCCGUGCGUAAAUCUGCGACGUCGCUCGUUUACUUUAGCUGCGAUGAACUGGCGCGCUCUUCACCUCGACCUUGUGCGCUCAUGCGCUUCUAG